AUGGACCCAUCCCUCAUCCCUGCUGCCAACCUCACACAUGUCUUCUACUCCUUUGCUUCCAUCGACCCCACCACAGACAAGGUUGUCCCUUCCAACCCAGCCAUUGAUGUGACUCAGGGCCUCUAUCUGCGCUUCAACUCCGCCCUGAAGGCCGCCAACCCAGCCAUCAAAACCCUUCUCUCCAUCAGCGGCUAUUUCGCAGGCACCACCGUUUUCGACAACGCCGCCUCCUCACCGUCCUCCCGCUCUACUUUCAUCCAAUCCGCGAUCGCCCUCGCCCGCAAGUACAAUUUCGACGGUCUGGAUAUUGACUGGAAGUACCCAACAGGCAACGCCUCCCUGGUCUCCGCCCUGCUCACGGAUUUCCGGGCGGCGAUCGAAUCCGAAGCUGCCGCCUCUGGGAAAUCGAACCUUCUACUUUCUGCGGCAAUGUCUGCAUACGGGCUGACUGAAACUCUAUCCUAUGACGUCCCGACGCUUAACAACACACUGGAUUUUGUUAAUUUUAAGACUUACGAUCUGCAUGGGUCGUGGGAGUUGAGGACCGGCAUGCACACUGCUCUGGAGGACCUGAGCAAUCCCGAGCGGAGCAUCAAGGGUGCCAUGGCUGCCUGGGUGUCCCGAGGCUUGGCCCCAAGCAAGGCCAUGCUAGGCUUGGCGAUGUACGGCCGAACCUGGACUCUUGCUUCGGCAAGCAGCACUGGGGUUGGUGCUGACGCCACUGGGCCUGGUCAGGCAGGGUCUAUCAGUCAGGAACGUGGUAUCCUAUUCUACAAGGAAAUCGAUCAGCUGGUAACCACUGGAGGUUACACAGCUACUCUAGAUGCCCCAACAUCCUCCGUGUAUGCGGUAAAGGGUGACCAGUGGCCACUCGUGGUUCUCAACGGCGCCUCUCUCCCCACACCGAGCAUUUCUCUCAAAAUCAGCUGGUUUGUGAGAAUUCUCAAAGGCCCUUUUUUGGCGAGUCGGCUCAAUCUCACAGAGCAUGGCGAUCAUACCGCUGUCGCCGCGGUCUCCGCGCCUUCCCCUCCUCCUUGUCGCUCUGCUGCUGCUCUCGUCGGCGCACCUCCCCCUCCGCGCGCGCGCGCAGCAAUGCUCCGCCACGGCUCGCGAACGGUAACAGCAUCUGCUCGAACGGAUUCUGCUGCAGCAAGUGGGGUUGGUGUGGCUCCACCCCCUCCCACUGCGGCGAUGGCUGCCAGUCCCAGUGCUCCGCGCAUGGCGUAUUUUGUCAACUGGGUGGGCAUGGACCCUUCGGCCGUGCCCGCUGCCAAGCUCACGCAUGUCUUCUACGCCUUUGCUUCCAUCGACGCCACCACGUACAAGGUCGUCCCCUCCAACCCAGCAGUGGACGUCACCCAGGGUCUCUACCUGCGCUUCAACUCCGCUCUAAAGGCCGCCAACCCCGCCAUCAAAACCCUCCUCUCCAUCGGCGGAUAUAACGCCGGCACCACCGCUUUCGUCAACGCUGCUUCCUCCCCCUCCUCCCGCUCUGCUUUUAUUCAGUCCGCAAUCUCCCUCGCCCGCUCGUACAAUUUCGACGGUCUGGAUAUCGACUGGGAGUACCCAACAGGCAACGCCGCCCUCUUCUCCGCCCUGCUCACGGAUUUCCGGGCGGCCAUCGAAUCCGAAGCAGCCGCCUCCCGAAAAUCCAAGCUCCUUCUUUCUGCAGCGGUUUCUGCCUAUGAGCCGACAAUUUCUCAAUCCUAUGACGUCCCGACACUUAACAAAGCGUUGGACUUGGUAAAUGUUAUGACUUACGAUCUGCAUGGGUCGUGGGAGUUGAGGACUGGCAUGCACACUGCUCUGGAGGAUCUGAGCAACCCGCAGCUGAGCCUCAAGGGUGCCAUGGCUGCCUGGGUGUCCCGAGGCUUGGCCCGAAGCAAGGCCAUGCUAGGCUUGGCGAUGUACGGCCGAACCUGGACUCUUGCUUCGGCAAGCAGCUUUGGGGUUGGAGCUCCGGCCACUGGGGCUGGUCAGGCUGGGUCUAUCAGUCAGGAAGCUGGUGUCCUAUUUUACAGGGAAAUCAAUCAGCUGGUAACCACUGGAGGUUACACAGCUACACUCCACGCCCCGUCCUCAUCUAUGUAUGCGGUGAAGGGUAACCAGUGGGUUGGUUACGACAACCCUUCCACCAUCACCACCAAGGUCCAGUUUGCCAAGGCGCAAGGCUAUGGAGGGUGGUUCUUCUGGGCACUGGGCCAGGAUGCCAACAAUGCUCUGCUCAAUGCCGCAGCAGCUGCAUGA